AUGGGAACAGAUAAAUGGGAUCACCCUAAGGACCGUUUCUUUACCCACAAUGGAUAUGCCGACCAGGCUCCGAAUCACGUGAAGAAGGAUGGCUUUGGUAAGGGAAACUGGGGUAAGCCAGGCGACGAAGUUCAGGACUUAAUUAGCGAGGGUGCAAUUCCCGCUGAGAUCAUGGACAAGCAACGCCGUGGUUCCAAUACUAGUUCCAAUGAGGACAAGCUUGCCAAGGUUCAAAUGAACAGCGUCAAGGAAUGA